AUGCUCGCGCGCGGCCCCAAGGGCGCCGGCCAACUGGUGACCUUUGCGCGCGCGCGGCGCCGCUGCCUCGACUCGACCACGCCGAACCCCGCCCCCCGGCGCGGCGCCUCCCACCGCGCCCAACUCGGCCGGCCAACUGGCCACCGCCCUCCCCCACGGCGCGCUCACC